CUAGACUCCAGCCCGGCCUAACCCGGCCCUGCCCGACCGCACCCGAGUUCCGUGUUUGCUCGGCGCCAGCCCGGCCAGCCAUGGGAUCCCCAAGCCGCAGCCUCUGCGUGAUCCUGAUCCUGCUGCAGAUCUCAUCAUGGCUCUGCCAGGAGCUGGAGCCCGAGCCUGAGCCCAAACCCUGCCGUCCUGGCUUCAGUGCCGAGGUCCACAUGUUUCAGGUGCCGGGAAGGCACCUGGAGAGAGGCCAUGUCCUGGGCAGAGUGAGAUUUGAAGGGUGCACUGGUCGGCCAAGGACAGCCUACUUUUCUGAAGACUCCCGAUUCAAGGUGGCCACAGACGGUGUCAUCACACUCAACCGGCCUCUAAAGCUUCAUAAACUACAGACCAGCUUUCUUGUCCACGCCUGGGAUUCUACUCACAAGAAAUUUUCCACAAGAGUGAUACUCAAGUCUGUGGGGCACCACCAACACCGGCACCACCACCAUGACUCUGUCUCUGGAUCCCAGCCAGAAGUGCUCACAUUUCCCAGCUCUCACCAGAGUUCAAGAAGACAGAAACGAGACUGGGUCAUACCCCCUAUCAGCUGCCCGGAAAAUGAGAAGGGCCCAUUUCCUAAAAACCUUGUUCAGAUCAAAUCCAACAGGGAUAAAGAAACCAAGGUUUUCUAUAGCAUCACCGGCCAAGGAGCUGACAGACCCCCUGUAGGUGUGUUUAUCAUUGAGAGAGAAUCAGGCUGGCUGAAAGUGACAGAGCCUCUGGAUAGAGAAAAUAUUGCUAAGUACAUUCUCUAUUCCCAUGCUGUGUCAUCAAAUGGGGAUGCAGUGGAGGACCCCAUGGAGAUUGUGAUCACAGUGACUGAUCAGAAUGACAACAGACCAGAGUUCAUCAAGGAGGUCUUUCAGGGACAUGUCUUGGAGGGUGCUCUUCCAGGAACCUCUGUGAUGCAGGUCUCAGCCACUGAUGCAGAUGACAAUGAGAACACCUAUAAUGCUGCCAUCGCCUAUACCAUCAUCAGCCAAGAUCCUGAGCUGCCUCACAAAAACAUGUUUACCGUUAAUAGAGACACAGGAGUCAUCAGUGUGGUCACUUCUGGGCUGGACCGAGAGAGUUAUCCUACAUAUACCCUGGUGGUUCAAGCUGCUGACCUUCAAGGUGAUGGCUUAAGCACAACAGCUACAGCUGUGAUCACUGUUGAUGACAUUAACGACAAUGCUCCCAUCUUCAACCCAACCACGUACCUGGGUCAAGUGUCUGAGAAUGAGGCCAAUGCGUACAUCGCCACACUCAAAGUAACUGACAAUGAUGCCCCCCAUACUCCAGCGUGGGAGGCUGUGUACACCAUAGUCAAUGAUCCUGAACAACAAUUUGUUGUCAUCACAGACCCUACAACCAAUGAUGGCAUUCUGAAAACAACCAAGGGUUUGGAUUUUGAGGCCAAACAGCAGUACAUUCUGCACGUGACAGUAGCGAAUGUGGACGCUUUUGAGGGGUCUCCUGUCACUUCCACAGCCACUGUCACUGUGGAUGUGUUAGAUAUCAAUGAAGCCCCCAUCUUUGUGCCUGCCGAGAAGACAGUGGAAGUGCCUGAAGACUUUGGUGUGGGUCAGGAAAUCACAUCUUAUACUGCCCGAGAGCCAGACAUAUUCAUGGAGCAGAAGAUCACGUAUCGGAUUUGGAGGGACACUGCUAACUGGCUGGAGAUUAACCCAGAGACUGGUGCCAUUUUCACUCGGGCUGAGAUGGACAGAGAAGACACCGAGCAUGUGAAGAACAGCACGUAUACAGCUUUAAUCAUUGCCACAGACGAUGGUUCGCCAAUUGCCACUGGCACGGGAACUCUUCUCUUGGUGCUAACUGAUGUCAAUGACAAUGCUCCCAUCCCAGAACCUCGAAGCAUGCAAUUCUGCCAGAGGAACCCAGAGCCCCAUGCCAUCAAAAUCUUUGAUCCAGACCUUCCCCCCAAUACAUCCCCCUUCACUGCUGAACUAACCCACGGGGCCAGUGUCAACUGGACCAUUGAGUACAACAACUCAGCCCGAGAAUCUCUCAUUUUGAAGCCAAAAAAGGCCUUAGAGUUUGGUGAAUACAAAAUCAAUCUCAAGCUCAUGGAUAACCAGAACAAAGACCAGGUGACCACGUUGGACAUCAUUGUGUGUGACUGCGAAGGUGCUGUCAACAACUGCAUGAGGUCGGGUUAUGUGGAAGCGGGAUUGCAAGUUCCUGCCAUCCUAGGGAUUCUUGGAGGGAUCCUUGCUUUGCUGAUUCUGAUCCUGCUGCUCCUACUGUUUCUACGGAGGAGAACGGUGGUCAAGGAGCCCCUGUUGCCCCCAGACGAUGACACCCGGGACAAUGUAUAUUACUAUGAUGAAGAAGGAGGUGGAGAAGAGGACCAGGACUUUGAUUUGAGCCAGUUGCACAGGGGCUUGGAUGCCCGACCUGAAGUGACUCGAAAUGAUGUGGCUCCCACCCUCCUGAGUAUGCCCCAGUAUCGUCCCCGCCCAGCCAAUCCUGAUGAAAUCGGGAACUUCAUCGAUGAAAAUCUGAAGGCAGCUGAUAGCGACCCCACGGCACCUCCUUACGACUCUCUGUUGGUGUUUGACUAUGAGGGGAGUGGUUCUGAAGCUGCUAGCUUGAGCUCGCUUAAUUCCUCCAAGUCGGAUCAGGACCAGGACUACGACUAUCUGAAUGAGUGGGGAAACCGCUUCAAGAAGCUGGCUGAUAUGUAUGGUGGCGGCGAGGAUGACUAGGGGACUAGAGAUGAG